AUGACCCUCCCUUCCGUCACCCUCCACCGCGAUCGCGCGUCCCGCAAGCUCGUCCAGAUCGUCCACCCCCGCCCCGAGAAGGCCUGGGCGACGCACAAGGCCGUUCUCCUCAGCGUCGACCCCUCCGUCGCCGCCUUCGACAACGAUCUGAGCGACCGCGACCCGAUCGUCGAGAGCCCCGUCCGCAAGCAGGCCGCGCGCAUCGACAACGCCUGGCGCCGCAGCUGGGCCCUCUACAAGCUCAACCCGGACCCUGCGGCAAUCGCCCCGCCCUGGCCCCCUUUCAAGGCUGGUCCCCCGCUCGGCCCGGUCCCCGCGCUCGCUCCCAUCGGGCCCACGCCCCGCACCCCGACGCCCGCGCCCGCGGCGGACGACGCGGACGAGGGCGUGAUCUACGCGACCCCGUCGCCCCCGCGAUUCCCCCCAGGGCUCGGCUACGCGCGGCCGGUGACCCCGCAGGGCGCGUUCGCCGCGCGCGCCACCCGUCUCGAGCGCGAGGGCGUCGCCGCCACGCGCACCCUUCCCACCACCAAGCCCCCCACCCACGCCCGUUUGAAACCGAACGCCGACCAGGGCGCGGUGCCCUCCGAGGGCGUCUGGAUCGCGAACGGAUACCCGCCCAAGCCCACGCUCGCCGCGACCGCGGCCGCGCGCGGGCAGAAGGCCCCCCUUAUCACCGCCGAUGACGACGACGUCGAAGAAGCGGCCGCGGCCGCACCGAGCCCCGGAUGGUACGCGCUCGACUGGAUCGUCGGCCAGCGCAACCCCAACGCCGCGAUCGGCGUCCGCCUCGCCUCGGACGCGGACGCGGACGCAGAGCCGGGCUUCGCGUGCGGCGAGUUCGAGGCGCCCUCGGGCUGCGCGGCCGCGCUCGCGCUCGCGCCCGACUCGGACUGGGGCGACGCGCUCGAGCUCAAGCUCAGGCUCGCGGGCGGCGCGUUGGACGACGAGAUCGAAGAGGAGCUCGAGCGCGGCUUCCAGGAGCUCAGCCUCCUGCUCGAGGAGAUGGAGGCCGAGGCCGAGGCCAAGGGCACCGCCGCCGCUGCUGCCGCCGCAACGACGAAGCGGCACGUCGCGCUGCCCGGGCUUGGGCUCCGCCGGAGGCGGGGUGCGACCGGCUGA